AUGAAAGCCAACACUCGGGGACAUAAAAUGAUAAAGAAACGAAAACAAGCACAUUGUAUUUCGAAUUUGGAGAUGAAGAAAUUACUGUCACAACAACAGACAGAUGGAAGUAAUAUGCCUAAUGCAACACCAUCCACGUCACCAUCAAAAUUGUUCAUUGAUAAUGUUAGUCCACUGGCCAAGAAACGAGCAACAAAACGACUGAUAGAUAAAAAAGAAGAGCUGUCUCAUGGUGCUAUUUCACAAGUGCGAAGAACGUUGGGCAUUAAUUUAUAA